AUGGAAGAUCAUAGAGAGGUACACAUCGUUUAUAUGGGAAGUCUUCCAGAAGGAGAAUAUUUAGCUCGUUCCAACCAUAUUAGUAUGAUCCAAGAUAUAGGGCAUAGCAAAAUUAUUGCUGGGAAAAUAUUAUUGAGAAGUUAUAAAAGAAGUUUUAAUGGUUUUGUUGCGAAUCUCACCCCAGAAGAAGUGUUAAAAUUGAAAUCCACAAAAGGGGUUGUAUCUGUUUUCAAAAGACAACAACUGCAAAUUCAGACCACACGAUCUUGGGAUUAUAUUGGUUUGUCACUAAAUGUUUCGCGAAAUCCGAUUAUUGAGAGUAAUAUUAUAAUUGGACACUUUGACAGUGGUGUAACACCCGAGUCAGAUAGUUUUUCCGAUCAUGGUUUAGGCCCUGUUCCUAAAAAAUGGAAGGGUGUUUGUGCUGGUGGAAAAGACUUCACAUGUAACAGAAAAAUAAUUGGAGCGAGAUAUUAUGCCGAGAACCCAGAACAUAAGUCUGCAAGGGAUAUUAAUGGACAUGGGACUCACACAGCCUCUACAGCAAUCGGAAGGGUAUUGAAAAACGCCAGUUUUUUUGGUAUAGCAAAUGGAACUGCUAGAGGAGGCGUUCCGACGGCAAGAAUUGCUGUGUAUAGAGUGUGUUCAGCAGCUUGUAAAAGUGAUUUUAUUUUAGCUGCAUUUGAUGAUGCAAUUGCCGACAAAGUUGACAUUAUUACCAUUUCUGUUGGUGCUGAUUUUCCACAACCAAAGUUGAGUAAUGAUGUGAUUUCUAUUGGAUCAUUUCAUGCAAUAGAACAAGGUAUUUUAACUGUAAAUUCGGCUGGAAAUGAAGGAAGAUUCGGGUUUGCAACGACAGACAGCUUUGCGCCAUGGGUUUUCACAGUAGCCGCAAGUACCGACAGAACACUAAAAAACAAGCUUAUCCUUGGAAAUGGUAAAACACUCAUGAGUACUACCGUGAAUGCUUUUGAUAUGAGCAACAACACAAAUUUGGUCUAUGGAACAAGUGUCGGCCUUAGAUGCAAUGAAUCAAGUACCAUGCAAUGCAUGCCCGAUUGUGUAGAUCCUCACUUGGUAAAGGGAAAAAUCAUAGUAUGCGAUUCUUUCGAAACAUCUAUGUUUUCAGCUAUUUCAACUGCAGAAAGAGUCGGUGCAAGCGGGGUUGUUCUUCGAACAAAUGAAACAUCAGUUUACGGGGUUGUAGCUCUACCCACAGCAAUAUUGAAUGACUCUAGCUUUCUGUAUCUUACGUCUUAUCUCAAUUCCAAGACGGUGCACAUGGGACGCAUAACAAAGAGUGAGAUGGUUGAGAAUAAUACUCCUUUAAUCGCCUCUUAUUCGAGCAGAGGACCUAAUAGAAUUUUUCCUGAAAUCUUAAAGCCAGAUAUAACCGCACCGGGCACAUAUAUUUUAGCGGCAUUUAUACCAUCACUGAAUCCUUCAUCCUACGGAUCAGAUUCUAAAACAUUCAAGUCUAAAUACAACUUGAUGACCGGAACUUCCAUGGCGUGUCCACAUGUUGCUGGUGCAGUGGCGUAUGUGAAAUCAAAACAUCCUGAUUGGUCUUUUUCCGCCAUCAAAUCUUCGCUCAUGACUUCGGCUUGGAAUAUGAAUUCAAAUUACAAUUUAGACGACGAACUUGGUCACGGAGCAGGGCAUAUAGAUCCAGUGAAAGCUCUAAAUCCUGGACUCGUGUAUGAGACAUCUAUAGACGACUAUUUCAAAAUGUUUUGUAGUCUUGGCUCAGAAGGAGAUAAGCUGAUAAAAAUGUUCAAAGGAAAAUAUAAUUGUCCAAAGGGAAUUACAACAUCAUCUCCAAAAGAUCUCAAUUACCCAACAAUGACUACAUCGGUGCAUAAGAACUCGAAUUUCACCGUUACAUUCUUGAGAGUUGUCACAAAUGUUGGAAAUAGUAACUCUACAUAUCACGCCGAAACCGUUACGGGUGAUAGCAUGGUCCAUAUUAGUGUGAAGCCAAGCAUCCUCUCUUUUGUUAAUCUGAAAGAGAAGAAAUCUUUUUUGGUGACCGUUAGUGGACAAUGGUUAAACCAAAAUCAUAUUUCAUGUUCUUUAAUCUGGUCUGACGAGGAAUCUCGUCGUCAAGUUUUUGGAUUAUCAAUCGGGGCAGAGGUGAAAUUACAGUUAUUGGAGUGGCCAAGAGAAGAGGGCGAACCUAGAGAAUUUUCGGUUGAUAGUUUAGCCUAUACAGAGAUGGGUAAAAAAGACCUUAAAGGAAGCUUGCUUAAUCGUCCACUUGUAAUUCCUCAGACAAGACAAUCGAUCCCUACUAUCUGGAAUGGAACUAUACCAUCUCGAAGACCAUCGAAUUGUCAGCCAUUGAUCGAGGCCACCUUCCUCCUUACUGCUUCCGACUUCGCCUGUUUGCUUCAUUGCACAUGGAUUUACCUGAGGUUUGGAGGGUUGGACGCUGUUAAGUCAAGAAUCGCCUCAGAAUCCUUUCUUCGUUGUUUAAGAAGUCGUCUGGAUGCAAAUAGAAUUCAAAUGAGAAGAACAACAGCAAGCUCUAUUUUCCAAUAUGGAUUUCGUUACUCCGUUAGAGACGUCAUUUGGUCUCGUCAUCGCAUCAAAUUAUUGGAGCUCGUCGCUAUAGAGACUCGCCAAGGUAUUGGAGAGCGUGGAUAG